CGGUUUGCAGCCUGUGGACAUGACGCCCGCCUUCCUCCCCUGCACCGAUGUGUUGAUAUACUCGUUGCCGCACCAGUUGAGCCUCAUCCACGACCAGCAGCGCGAUCAGCAGCAGCGGCGGGCCGAGGAACAAGCGGGGAACACCGCGAUCACCACCAAGAUGUCGCGCCCCAGCGACAUCGAGGACGGCGUCAAGCACAACAUUCCCGGUUCGACGCCCAAACAGCUCGACGAGAAGGCGGCGGUGCACGGUGACCUCGAUCCGCAAGACAUCCACAAUGAUGUCGCUAUCACCAAUGGCCGGCUGAACGCGGACGACCACGACGGAGUGAAACAAGAGGAGGAUGCUGGCGCGCAACGAACGCAGACAGCAGAGUCGAAGCCGGGCCCCUCAGGUGGCUUCGAUAGCAUACCCAUACCCAAACGACCAAAUGGCUACACGAUCAAGUUCACCAUACAUCGAGCCGAGAACCUGCCCAUAGCAGAUAUCAAUGGCUUCUCCUCCGACCCAUACUGCCUCUCGCAGCUCAAUACCGAUACGCCGAUGCGUCACAAGGAAGACCCCAAUCUUCGCUGGCGGACAACGACCGUUCGCAAGAACACUGAGCCGACGUGGGAGGAGUGCUGGAUCGUUGCGAAUGUCCCCGCGUCAGGUUUCAAGCUGAAGAUCCGGAUCUACGACGAGGAUCCAGCCGACAGAGACGAUCUGCUGGGGAAAGUGCACAUCUCAGUCCCGCAUCUGGACGAAACAUGGCAAGGCAUCAAGAGCGAGGAGUACAAAUUACUCGCACACGAUGGCAGUAUCCGAGCAUAUGCGCUUCAAGGCGUGACGUGGUGUAUGCGGCGAACUAAGCGUUUCCGCGGCAGCCUGUUCGUCAGCGCAGAAAUGGUCGGCAGGACAGCAGAAGACGGGCAAGAUGGGAGGCUAUACACAAUUGGCCCAUGUCGAUGGUUCAGACACCACUCGCCGAUGCUCGGGCGACUUGCUAAUAUCAAGGAGCCGGAUGAGGUCAGCAGCAACUCGCAACAGAAUGGAAAGGACAAGACCAAGAAACAAGUGCAGAAGUAUAAUUUCCAAGCCAACCAGGUCCAGCUUCAGGGACCAGUCCCCGCACAGCUUUAUCACCGCUACGUUGAAUUUAAGCCUUGGGUGUCUCGCAUGUUCACCUCGUCUGGACUUUCUGGCGUUUUAAUGGGAAAAGCGCUUCACCACCAACAUGCACGUGUUUACAACUUUUCUCGCUCUACUGUCACCGGAGAAUUCCCAGAAGGACCUGGCCCGGAGAUGACUCAGAAGUUCCUGGACCUGGUGCAUUAUGAUGAAGGAGGCCGUAUUUUCACCUAUGUCAUCACUCUGGACGCUUUAUGGCGAUUCACAGAGACUGGCAAGGAAUUCAGCAUUGACAUGUUGAGCAAACAUACCAUGCACUCGGACGUUUCCAUUUACAUCGCAUUUUCAGGAGAAUUCUUUGUGCGAAGACUGAAACACCCGGAUCGUCCUCCUCCGCCAGAUCCUGUCGAGGGGAGCAGUCAAUCCUCUGCUCCGAGCCAUGGCGAUAACCCCGAACACCCGCCAAAUGAUUUCUCAGGAGGACCGCCUGAGGACGAGCCGCCAAAGGAUCCAAAGUACUACCAGCUCGUGAUUGACAAUGACUCAGGAACAUAUCGUCCCAAUGCAGAUCUAUUACCUCUCCUCAAGAAAUUCCUAGUGAAACAGCUCCCCGGAUUACACAUCCUAACUCUCGACUGCAACAAAGACGCCGAAAGGCAACAACGCAUGAAGAAAGAACAACGCGAGAGAAAGAAACGGGAAGGCAAUCAGAUCAUCUACAGGCAAGGAUCGCGAAGCUCGAGUAUUUCUUCUUCGGAUAUUGAGGACCUGGAUCGUAUGGAAGCGGAUAUGGAGGAUGAAGACGCGGUUGCGAGGGAACAUGGGCCUUAUUCUACGGCUGUGAAGGAUGCGAAGUUAAGGAAUAAGACGAGGUUGGAGAAGCUAAGGAGGGAUUAUAUUCCAGAGAAGAAGGAGAAGGCUGGGCAGCAAGGAGGAGGAGUGGAUAAUGAUGAGGCGUUGCAGAGCGCUAGUCGGCCGGCGACGAGUGGUGGGGAUGUGGCGAAGAAGUGAGAAUCGUGAGCUGUUAUUGUGAGCUUUUCGGACUCCGAAGGUGGGAGUUUUCACUUCUCAUGCGGAAGCGAAGGUGUUUUCGUUGGCAUGGCGAAGGGAGGUGCAUGCGGCUGCGCUUCUUGUUUCUUUUGGCGAAUUGAUACCCGCGUGGCAUUUAUUCAUUUUCAUGUAGCAUCUCCGGUCCUUUAUCGUCAUACUUUUCAGAGUUGUUCACACAUGCGGGUCCAUAUACUCCUCUGAGCCUUUCGCGCCUCAUUGUUGGCAAGAGUCUGCCCUCGAGCUGCUUCUCGACGGACUAGGCCUUUCUCGCUUUCGAGAUGCUUGUUACGAAGCUGGCAGUAGUUAGGGAGUCCUCUCCGACUUCCCGUGUCUUCGACCUGCCCUCCUGUGUUCAUGUCUUCGCUUUCGAAGUUCUUGUUACGAAGCUGGCGGCAUAUAGUGCUCCCCGACUUCUUCAACAGCUGACACCAGCCAGACGUGGCGGACUCUGCACUCUGGGAUCUAAUUCUGGCACGAGCUUGGGGCGGUGCACGGCGGGUCACCUGUGGCUGCCUUGCUUCGGAGCAAGCUUUUUAUCUCAACGCUUAGGUCUAGCCGCCUGUGCAGUGUGUAGUGUGCCGCUGUGCGUAGGUCUACCUACUACUUGUCCGGGUUGUGAUCACCAUGUGACAAUGUCUUGGAUGAACAUACCCGGGUGAGCUUUGUAUUUCUCCCAAGAAGAUCUGGAAGAAAGAUCUUGGAAGGCGAGGUCUUCCUUGCAACGAGAAAUCCAGGUGAAGAUCUUGUUCAUGCGAGGAUGUCCUUGUAUCGCGCAAUCUGGGCGGAGAAGAUCUUCAUCAUGGUCAUUAUAUUUUUUUUCGCUGCGUACGUGUGCGGAUUGCGAAUCUGUAUGAAGGUGAUGUGUAGAUGCUUGGUCGAUUCUAGCCUGGUGGCUCCUGUUUCCGAGGCGUUAUGCUCGAAGUAAAUCUUGACUAUCGGGCGGCGAGGUUUCCUUGCAAACACAUACUCCACUUGAGUUUGUCGUUGAAUGAUGACUUUGUGCUUCUCCGUUGAAUCUUGCAGCACUUGUUGGCCGUUAGGAAGUGACGCUGACGGGAACUUAUGUGUUGUGAACCGGUUCAUCCGCAUCCUUGAUCAAAGCUUCGGCAUUCUAGACGUUUGCACAUAAAAAGCCUAUCAACUAUUUCUCUCUUUUUCUUUCUUGUUUCUUGUUCGGCGUGACGUGCAGCUUGCAGUGACCGUUGAACCUUCUCUGCUGCUGAGUACCGACGAACGACGGGCUCAUGCGAUUUUCCUGGAGGUAUCGCAGCCUGGAGUUCAGUCCGAAGUGUGUUGGACCGUCGGAGACUGCGAAUACUCUUGGACUUGCUGCGCUAUCCGGUGCUUCGUCGCGGCGGUGCUGACAAAGGUCUGGCAGAGGUAUUGAAGGGUCAUUUCACACGUGGCAUUCGGCAGGGAAGUGCUGCGUUACAACAACCUUCGUCUCAUCCGCCACUGUUGGCGUUGGUCAGGCGUUGGUCAGUGAGCAUUAGCCGAUGGCGGUGGUUCGCCACCGUUCGCGGGCAUCGAAGUGACACUUGACAUGCGUGGGCUUGGGUGCGAUGUGUUGCGAAAUUGGUGCCUAUAACUGACGGAGCGGUGAUUUUGGAAGGGCUGGCGGUAAGUGAUGCCGAUCGUGGCUCGUGGCGUAGCGGUGGAGAUGCGAAUGGGGCACCGGAGUGAUUGGAGGAGGCGACGCCAACAUGUCUUGGGCCUUGGGUGAGGUUCUUGCCGGAGGUAGCAGCGCGAAA